AUGACGCGGAGCUGCUCCGCGCUGGGCUGCACCGCGCGCGACACCGGGCGGAGCCGCGAGCGCGGCAUCUCCUUCCACCAGUUCCCAGUGGACGCCGCGCAGCGCCGCGAGUGGAUCCGCGCCGUGAACCGCGUGGACCCGCGGAGCCGCCGGGCGUGGCGGCCCGGCCCCGGCGCCAUCCUCUGCUCCCGACACUUUUCCGAAGGGGACUUCGAGCGCUACGGGCUGCGGCGGAAGCUGCGGCGGGGGGCCGUGCCCUCCCGCUUCCUCCCCUCGGAGCCGCCGGGCGCCGGCCGCAGGAGGAGCAAGACCCCCGGGCGGGCGCUGAAGCAGCCGCUGCCCAGCCCUCCCGCCGGGGACCACAACUACAGCCUGCAGGAACAGCGGGCGGCCGAGCCGCGGCCCCCGCCGGCCGCCCCGCCGCACCAGCAGCAGCCGCCGGCCGCCGGGAGAUGCGGCCCCGCGCACCGCCGCAGGACCGUGCGCAGCAUCCUCAGGGAGCUGGCGGAGAAGCGGCAGCUCUCUGAGGAAAUCGUGAGUUUGCUGCAGGCGCAGUUUUCAGAUUUGCCUCGAGAGUUGGACAGCUGGAAGCAGAUGGCAGACUACUCACCAGAAAUGAGGCAAUUUGCUUGUCUUCUCCACCUCUACCAUAUUAAGGCCUAUGACUACCUACGGAAGAUUGUUCCCCUCCCUCAUCCUUACAGCCUGACAAACUGGCUGUCUAACAGGGAGGCUGCUGCAGGCUUCAGCAGUGACGUUUUUCUCCGGCUUCAGGAAAAGGUGGAGAGAGGGGAUCAGGCCUACCGCUACUGCGCCCUGCUGGUGCAGGACAUGUCCCUGCAGAAGCAGCAGGAGUGGGACCCACAGACCAAGCAGCUGACGGGCUUUGUUGAUUUGGGAGCAGGCAUCCUUGAUGCUGAUGAAGCUCCGCUGGCGUCGGAAGCGAUAAUCCUCAUGGCAGUUGGCAUAUCCAGCUCUUGGACAGCUCCCCUUGGCUAUUUCUUGGUGAACAGCACAUCCGGCCAGUUCCUUGCCCAGCUCCUUCGUCAGGCCAUCAAUAAGCUGAACAACAUUGGAAUCGUGGUCCUGGCUGUGACAUCGGGUGCCUCUGCUCGUGGUGCUGAGACUGCCAGAGCUUUGGGGAUCAGGAUAGAUCCCAAAAGGAUUCAAUGCACUUUCCAGCAUCCACCCGGUUCUGCUCACAGCAUUGCAUACUUCUUUGACGUUUGCCACACCCUCCUGCUGAUAAGGAAUGCUCUGCAGUGCUUCCAGAAGGUAGAGUGGCUCGGUGACACCGUGUGGUGGCAGCAUGUGGUGGAGCUGGCAGCUUUGCAGGAGCAGAGCGUGUUGGAGCUGUGCAGUGCCGAGUCAGGCAGGGCUGGCAGUAAAGGGAGUUUCCACCUGAAGGUCAAUUUUGCUACCCUGCUGUUCAGCGAGGGUGUUGCUGAGGCACUGGAGCACCUCCAGAAGCUGGGCCUGGCCUCGUUUCAGAACUGCAGCGGGACUGUCAAGUUUGUGCGUCUGAUGAGCUCUCUGUGCGAUGUGUUUUAUGGCAGAGGUCCCUAUGGAAAGGAGCCUUUGCUAGCUGGAAAUUACACCAAAAUAAGCAACCUCUUCGAUGAGGCCAAGAGCUGCUUUAUCAACUUAACAGACUCUGUGGGGAGAUACAUUAUUAAGAGCAAACGCAAACUGGGAUUUCUGAGCUUCUUGCUCAAUGCUGAAAGUCUCAAGUGGCUUUUCUCCAACUACACAUGUCCAGAAGCCACUCCUUCCCACCACCUCCACACACAUGCCUUCAGCCUGGACCCUCUCGAGCAGUUUCUCAGGGCCCUCCAGCAAGCCUGUGGCAGCAGUGGCAGCCCCACCUGCACUGUGUUCCAGGCUGCUUACCACAAACUGCUGGCCAGCUGCAGCCUGGCACCUGGCUCACCACACAGCAGUGGCAAUGCCAGCCCCCAGGACGUAUCUCUGUCUCAGAGGAGAGCUCUGACUCUGGGCAGCAUUCGUGCUCAGUAUCACCCAGCUCCUGGGAGGACUCUGGCCCCAGAGUACCCCUACAGUGCAGGCCUGCUUCUGCCCAGCUGUGCCUUGAGCAAUGCACUGACAGAUCUGUCUCUGUACACACAGAGCCUCACCUGCACUGCUGGCUGGGUGGCUGAGCAGCUAGCCUUGGACUUGCAAUGUGAGGCUUGUCUUGCCUCUCUGUUUGAGGCAGAUGAGAGCAGGCCAAGAUGCAGGUCAGUGCUGUACAUAAAGAAGUUAGGUGGCGUAAGUCUGCCCUCAGCCAGUGUGCACCACAUAACAAGCAUUUCAGAACAAGCCCUAAACCGAUACGGCAGAAUAGGAGGUGCCAACAAAAAUACUCAGCUGUGGCAUGUGCCUCUAGAACAAAAGGUCUUCCAGGAGCUUUUGGGAGAAAGCCCCCUCUUUCCCACCCUCACAAACCAUUUAUUUGAGGGGGAGCUGAGCAUCAACAACCACUACACAGUCUUAGUAAAGGAAAUAACACGGUGUUACUUAAACAUAAGAACAAACCCCGCCCAACACCUGAAUUUGAAAUAUCCUUGCAGAAAACACAAGUUGAAGAGACUGAAGGGAGAGCAUUUGUUUCCAUCACCACUGGGUAGCUGUCAGUCAAACUAAACCUACACAUGGUCUAACUGAGUACUCUGUGGUUCCAAGGAUGGCUGUUCCUUGCUUAUGCUCAGUGCUGGACAGAUCUGGGCAACACAGAUGAGGAAAUAAUGCUGGCAAAACUAGUGUUGAUAAGCAGUGAUGUUUUGGGCCACUGCAAACCCCCUAACCAGAGUUUAACUGAGCAAAGCAAGGAAGUUGGUCUGACCCCCUGUUCCUUCUAGCAAUCCUGCAAAGCAGCCACGUAGUGGCAGAUGAGGAUGAGCAGCAGUUGCUCAAGGUGCCUGGGGCAGUGGUAGGAGACUGCAGUGUCCCUGGAAAUGCUGGGUGGUUUCAGUGCUGUGAGUGCUCUUGCCAGAAGAAAACUGAUAGUUGAUGGGGUUGCAGGGGAAUCACAUGCACUGGGACUUUGAUUUCAGCAAAACAAUGUGCUUUAUAAAAGCUGGGAGCUAGAAAGCUUGCAGAGCUACAUAAAUAGGAAAAUAAAGAUGUGAAAAGAACA